AUGAACCGCGCGCGGGAGCGUGUGCGUGAUGAUGCUGCCCUGGUGGGGGAGGUUGCCUCGAAGGUAUCCGCGGCGCUGGGGCUUGACAAGGCCAACCGCACCCUCGGCCGCAGCCUCGUCAUAGCCGGGCUCGACUCCAACAUCGCGGCGAUCUUAGCAGCCGCGGCCGCUUCGGAAGGUGAUGCUGAUAUCGGCACGGACGCGGGGGCAGCAGCAGCAGCAGCAGCAGCAGUCGGACCACGUCGGGGCAGCGACGACGACGCCGCUGCCGAGCUGGAGCGAACUGGAGAGGCCGCUUUUCGAACGGCAGCCAAGGGUUACGGCGCGCUGGGGGACAGCUUGCUCUCGGACGUGUUCGGCAAGGUCACCACCAGGCUGAGGGGGUCCCUGGUGCAGCUUCAGGCCAUGCAGGAGGAGGAAAGCGGAGGUGCCGCGGAAGAGGACAGCGGUGGGGGGUUGGCGGGGUUCGGGAAGGCCGAGCGGCUGUCUAGGGGUGGGGCCGGUCGCGCGCUCAAGGGGGUUUUCGUGAAACGGCACCCCUUCCAGGCCCCGGCGCCGCGGACACAGCAAGGGUCACUCCUAGGCCUAGACAAGCUUGCCGCUCAGAAGAACGCCGAGAGGCAAGCGGCCCUGGAGGGGGCCGGGCUUGGGGGAAGAGGAAACGCUCGCGGGGGCGCCAAAAGCGGUAGCGGUAGCGGCGGCGCUCUUUCCUUCGCCGAUCUGGAUAACGCACCCGGGGACGACGACGGCUCCAGCGGUAACGGGGUACCGGGGGGCGACCGGACAGCGGCGCCGGCAGCGGGGCAGAAGGAGUCGAGGCAGCGGAAGUACAGGUCGCGCCCGGGACCGGACACCCCGUCGCACCCGGGUGGCGUUAACCGGGAGGCCAAGGACAAGAUCGACGAGAAGGAGCGCGCUCGCCGCCGGGGAGGAGGCGUCGCCGCCGACGUCGUCAUCCCCGCCGCCGGCGGGGGGGGGGAAGGCGGCCGGUCGGGGGAGCGGGACGCCGACGGGCGGCGAAAGAGCCGAUGGUCCGACGGCGGCGGCGGUGGGGAGAGCGGAGACGACCGCCAUGCGCGGAGAGACAGCCGCAGCAGCCGGCGGGAACGGGAGAGGGACGGCCGUCGAGAGCGAGACGAUAGAAGCAGUAGUAGCCGGAGUGGGAGCCACCGGGAGCGAGACGAUGGAAGGGGCGGGGGGCGCGACGACUCCAACGGAGACCGUAAGAGGAGAGACGGCGGCGAAGGGCCCAGAAGCAAGCGCUCCAGGAGCCCCGGCGGCAGGGGGGGUGCCUCUUCGUCGUCUGGGCGGGAUUCGGUGUCUAGGACGAGGAACAGGAGCCGGAGCCGGAGCCCGGAGAGGCGCCGGCCGCGCACGAGGGAGAGGUGGGAGAACGCCGUCACGCCGAUACAAAACGACGUAGGCCGGAGUCGCCCGUCGGCGUCGGCGUCGCUCGGGCCACGCCGCGCUGACGGGGGCCGCUCCGACCCCACCCGGGGCGGCCUCGGGCUAGACGAGUCGGAGUGGGAGGAGCCGGAAAGGUUGUCCUCGACGCCGAUGCCUAGUCCAGUGGGGUCGUCGCGCGGUGGCGGCGGCGGCGGCGGCGGCGGCGGAGGGGGGAAGAUGACACCCAUGACGGCGGUUACGGCAACGCCGACACCGACGCCGGGCGGGGGGUCGCGGAGAGGAGGGGAGGAGGAUAGCGACGGUGGCUGGGAUAGGCCGAGCCCCUCCCCCCGUUGGGGCUAUGAUAGGCCAAGCCCCGCGCCGUCCAUGCUGUCAUCGAGAGAGGGCAGGGCGGUACGGGGAACGGGGAUGUCCCCCGGCGGCAGAAGGGACGGCGACCUCCUCCAUCAUCAAGACUGGGAGGUCGAGCAGCGCAGGACCGCCAGGAUUGAGGACGAGGAGUACGACCGGGGCUUCUACCUGCGAGACGAUGGGGGUGGUGCCGUGGAGGACUCGGAGACUGCCAACCCUUUCCUGGGGGACGAGAAGAAGUUCGCGGCCAAGGAAGCCGAGAACGCCAAGCUGAGGGCGCGGGGGGAGGGCAAGAUCGCGAACCGCACGGCUAAGGCCAGCCAGAUGAGCGCCGACCAGGAUGCCUGGGAGAACAACCGGCUGCUCACGAGCGGUGCCAUGUUCGCUGGGGAGGUUUCGCUGACCUUCGACGACGGAGAGGACCAGCGGGUGCAGCUGAUCGUGCACUCUCUCAAGCCGCCCUUCCUAGACGGCCGCGUUAGCUUCAGCAUGCAGCAGCAAAUGGUGCCUACCGUAAAGGACCCGUCAAGCGACUUCGCGCUCUGCGCCCGCAACGGGUCUGCCACCCUGCGGCACCAGCGGGAGAAGCGGGAGAAGGGCAAGAUGCGCCAGAGGUUCUGGGAGCUGGGGGGCAGCCGCAUGGGCAAGGCCAUCGGGGUGGAGGACAAGGCCGAGAACGAGAAGAAGGAGGCGGAGGCUAAGGAAGAGGAGGAAGAGACAGACUACAAGAAGGCGGCCGGUUUCCAGCAGCAUAUGAAGAAGACGGAGGCCAACUCCCACUUCAGCAAGUCGAAGACGAUGGCCGAGCAGCGGGAGUUCCUUCCGAUUUUCCAGGUCAAGGAGGACCUUCUUCGGGUCAUCCGAGACAAUCAGGUGGUGAUCAUCGUGGGGGAGACGGGGUCGGGCAAGACCACCCAGAUGACUCAGUACCUGCACGAGGGGGGGUUCACCCAGUUUGGCAAGGUGGGUUGCACCCAACCCCGUCGUGUCGCGGCCAUGUCCGUGGCCAAGCGUGUGAGCGAGGAAAUGGGCGUGGAGCUAGGGGACGAGAAACGGCGAGACCUAAAGCUGGUGGUGACGUCGGCCACGCUAGAUGCCAAACGGUUUAGCGACUUUUUCGGGGGCGUGCCCGUCUACAACAUUCCCGGCCGGACCUUCCACGUUGAGAAGUACUUCUCGAAGACGCCGCAGGAGGACUAUGUUGACGCCGCGGUGAAGCAGGCGCUGCAGAUCCACCUGUCUCACCCCCCGGGGGACAUCCUCAUCUUCAUGACCGGACAAGAGGACAUCGAGACCACUUGCGAGGUGAUUGCGGAGCGACUGGGUACGCUGGACAACAGCAAGAUCCCCCCCCUGCUACUGCUGCCCAUGUACUCCCAGCUGCCGGCGGACCUCCAGGCCAAGAUCUUCGAGUCGGCUGAGGAGGGAGUUCGAAAAACGUUUUCGGGCGAAAGGAAGCCUGCUACGCGAUGGUGA